GUUGACCUUUCCAUUUUGCCAUUAUUUAGUACUGUGCUCCAAGCUGAUUUUCACAGUUGGACUUGUGGUUCCAACUUGCAAUAUAUAAUUUCUAUGGUCAAACAUCUUAUAUUAGUAGAGAAUGUUGGCAGUUAUUAGGAAUGAUUAUUAGGAACCUAGGGUGCAUUUUCAUGGAACAUUCCCCCAUUUUGUAAAUGUUCAUGUAAUUAUAUUAAACCCUGGAAAAUGUCCAGUAUUUCAGAAAACUUCCUAUACAAUGUUUCAAGACGGAAUAUGGUCUGAUUAGUCGAAACAGCUUGCUUUAAGAUACUGAAAAAGUUUGGCCAGCUGAGUUGUGUCAGUUUUGGGCAAAUGAAUUUCUUACUUUUUCUGUAGCUUUUCAAUGAUAUUUAAACCCUGUGGUUCUGACAAACUCACCGUGAAGGAGGACUUCACCUUGAUCACAGGGCCUGCCUUCUUUCUCAGGGGUACAUGUAGAUCUACGAAUUCAUUUCAAUAAGGAGGGACCUGAAGUUUGAUGCAGAAAACACAAAUGUUUUAUUUGUUAACUACAGCUAGACAAGCUAAGAAAAACUCUCAAAAUUGUACACUCUAAGUAGUUCAUUUUGUGUAGUCACAAGAGAUCCUGAUGCUGCCAGAAUUUUGGUGUCAGUCAAAUAGCGAAAAAAAAAACCCUGAUGGGGGGAGUGGUGGAGCCCCUGGACCCUCCCCUAAGAUCACCACAAGCUGCCUCUCAUGAUUACAUGGAGGCCAUAACUAGCCACUGCGAUGUUAUCAUGGCAUGAAGUUUUGUAAGAUUUGCUACGUCUGGAGUUUUACCCUACGCUUCUUCGUGCUCAUGCUAUUUCCUAAGUAUUUAACACUGGGACAGUGCACACAAGAGGGUUGUUAUUUGUUUAGCUCCCAAUCUCUUGACAAUUUAACAGGUAACCGUUAACUUCAGGAGUCUGGGUCUGGUAAGAUAACCGCUUACAUGUAACACCACGUGUUCGCUUAAGAAGCGUCCGAGAUUUCGUGAGCGGGUUAGUCAAAUACUUCGGGCAGCAAUAUACUUCAGUAGUUUGCUUUCGCUAAUAUUUCGUGAUAAAAAUGUGGGAGAACGUACCUGAUUUUCUGGAGCUAUUCAGGAACUUUCCUGUUUCCAUAUCAGUUCUGUUUGUGGUACCAAUAGUUCUACUGAGUGGCCCCGCUUCACCUGUCAUGGCCGCGCACGAGUUUCCAGUAUUCAGAAUGCAACAAUUUGACCUUCACCAAACUCAAAGCGGAUCUCGCAGCUCACUGGUAAACAUGGAAGCACGACCCCUGACUUCUGAUAUGUUGACAAGACGCUGUGUGGUAACAAGGCUAUCAGAUCUCACCAUUGAUAAAUUUAAGGAUGCUGUACAAACCCUUGGGGCAGGGGCAGUACUGAUUCUGCUCCCAAAAAAUACAUCUGUGGCUUCCCUUGAACAGUUGGAGGAGUGGCAGCAACUGGAGAGAGAUCUUAUGACUGUUGAAGUUCCAGUGGCUGUAUAUUUUGCUUAUGAAGACAAAGAGUUAUCAAAAAUUUAUGAUGAUAUCAAAACAGCUGUGACCAGUGACCAGGCUGGUUCAGCAUUUGAAGCUUUACUUGGAGUUGCAUCAGCUAGUGGAUACCAAAUGGUCGUGAAUGUUGGAGAAGCCAAACAGAUUAAAGAUGCAGCUAUUACAAGUUUACAGGGGAAGUUGUCAGGAAUGGGAAUUGAUGAACAACUACCCACUAUUGCUGUUGUAGCUCACUAUGAUGCCUUUGGCAUAGCACCAAGUAUUUCUUUUGGAUCAGAUGAUAAUGGUAGUGGAGUUGUGGCUCUUUUGGAAUUGGCAAGAUUGUUUUCAAGAUUGUAUGCAGAUCCUAGAAUGCAAGCAAGAUAUAAUUUGGUGUUCUUUCUGUCUGGUGGAGGAAAAUUCAAUUAUCAAGGGACAAAAAGAUGGCUUGAAGACAAUCUGGAUAACCCAGAAACAAGUGUACUCAGUGAUGUGGACUAUGUGUUAUGUUUGGAUAGCAUUGGGAAGACAGAUCAUAUGUUUUUACAUGUUUCCAAACCUCCUAAAGAAGGAACUCCUGCAUUUUCUUUAGUAGAGGAAUUUAAAAUGGUCGCAAAAGAAAUAUUCAAGGAACUCAACUUUACUAUGGUCCACAAGAAAAUUAACUUGGCAGAGGAGACAUUGUCAUGGGAACAUGAAAGAUUUUCUCUGCACACACAGCGUCUUCCAGCUGGUACAUUAUCUCAUUUGGAGGACCCACAAGUUUUAGGAAGGUCAUCAAUCUUUGAUGUUAGAUCUUCUGAGAAUGAUGGGAAAUUGGAGCGUAAUGUAGAGUAUAUUGCUGAAGUUCUGGCCAGACAUGUUUUUAAUUUAACAACAAAGGGUUAUCCAGAGAAUAUGAGAGUGUUCAGUGCUUCAAUGGCUGUCGAUUCACAUUUUGUGAAAACAUGGAUGGAUUAUCUUGGAUCCCAAGCACGGGCAGCUCAGCUUUUUCAUAAAGACCAUCCAUUUCUUACUGGAUUAGAGCAGACUUUCUCAAAAUUUGUCAAAGAUGUUAAGAGAUUCUCAGCAAAAGCUGAUAAAAGGGACCCCGAGUUUGUCUUUUAUGACCGGCCUGAUGCAACGAUGUUUGCAUACAGGGUGAAACCAGCCGUCUUUGAUUUGUUUCUAGCACUUGGCAUUGCAUCAUAUCUGGGAAUGUUCUAUCUUGCUCUUGUGAACUUCAACAUUUUAACUGAAAUCCUUCCAAGACCUGUGUCAAACAUGAAGGCAAAACAACCUUGAUCAAAGUAAGCAGGACUGGAGAUAUUAGAGCCUUUUUUUUUUCAUGAGUGGAUUAUUUCAGACACGUGAUGUUUCAUAAUAUUGAUCAGAGGUCAAGAAAUGUUGUUGAAUUGUAUUGUAUCGUAUUUUACUAUUUUAUAACCUAGGAAAGACAUUAAAUCAUUCCGAUCAGUCUUACCUAUGUUCUCUUUUCAAACUGGCAUAUGGGCAUAUUGAGCAUUGCCAUGGAUAGUAAAAGAGUCACGUCAUAUCCAUUUGGUGGUAGACAUUCCAAGCAAAGCAAAAUAAAAUACAAAUUGGAAAAGCUUUUUACCUUCAAAAA